UGUUAUGCUUUUUUGAUAAAAAACUUAUGUAAAUAAUAGAUUUUAUUCUAUUGCUUCAUUGUAAACAUAUUCCAAUAUAUUCAAAAUAUGACGGAAAUAAACUGGAUUGCCAAACCUGUAAACUAUAAAGCAAUACGGUUUGCAUGUUUAGAAGAAACAACAGACCAUCCUCUAAAACCUGUUACUGUUAUGCUAAUUGAUGGACGCAGUGGGGUUAAGCGUAAUGUAUUACGAAGUACAAGUACCAGUUCUUCAACUGCUACACCGACACCAACACAUACCCCAAUUCCUGGGAAUCCUUUAACAGAUCCAUUAUUAAGUCAUUCUUCUUUCGAUGGAUCUGAUCCUCUUUCACAAUUUGCUAGAGAAGAAUUAGAUCCUUUAUCUAAAAUGGCUGCAGAUGAGUGGGACUAUUCUUGCAAUGCUGCAGUUACUGGAAAAAAAUCUAAAGAUACUGCUGAAGAAUUAGUGGAACCAUGGUUAGCAAGACGAGCUACAAUAUUAAGCAAAUAUACAACUUCUGAAAAGUUGUCGAUUGUUACUAGUUUUCUGUCAGGUGGUGAAAAAGUUGUUGUAAAAGUUCAACCAAGUGGCGGAGUGGUUGAUAAAGUAAGGACAAGAUUGGAACAGUUAGAUGAUUUCGAAGAAGGAUCUAUUAGACAAAUGUUAGACCUAUCACAGCAACAGUACACUGCAAGAAUUGAACAAUUAAAUAAUGAACUUGUACAAGCAUGGCAUUCAGAUCAAAGAGUUAAAGCACUUAAAAUAGCAAUUCAGUGUGCCAAAUUAUUAGUAGAUACAUCUGUUAUGGCUUUUUAUCCCAGCAAGUUCGUUCUUAUUACAGAUAUUUUAGAUAUUUUUGGAAAACUCGUUUAUGAAAGACUAAAAGUUAAAGCAGAAUAUUACAAACCAGGAAGUAAAACCCCUACAAGUUUACCUGAUAACUUUACACCUGACAUGGUACCUGAAAAUGCAAAAGAAACUUGUAGAAACUGGUUUUAUAAAAUAGCAUCAAUAAGAGAGCUAGUACCACGUUUGUACGUAGAAAUGGCAAUAAUAAAAUCCUACAGCUUUUUAACAACAAGUGAAUUUAAUACAGCCUUGUUAAGGAUAACUGGAAUGAUAAGAGGAAUUGGAAAUCCUCUUAUAGCUGUAUAUGCUAGAUGUUAUUUAUGCCGAGUGGGUCUAGCUUUGAACAAAACAUCAGAUUUUGAAUUUGUGAGAGAAAACUUUUACGAUUUUCUUAUCACUUACCAGCAACUGUUUGGACAAUUUGUAAAGAAUGAACUAAUUAAACAAAAUAUGACUUUAUAUUCUUAUUUAAAUCUCUACUCACCAGCUUUAGAUUGGAUUUUACAAGUUUUAGUAGCUACAACACCUGAGAGUCAUUUGGAAGAUGUGCUUGCUAGGUGUAAGAAGCAAGAAAAUAGUUCGCUGUUAUUAAAUAGUAUUUUAACAGCAUUUAAACCAUCAUACAUUGCUGGAAGAGCAAUGGAUUUUGUAAACUUGAUAGCCGUAACUGAAGACGAUGGUUUUCCACAAUAUCUUUUGUACCGAAGUUUAGGUGAAAGCCUCGUACAAGAAUCACCACCAAAAGAAGAUUGUCAGCAAAUUUUGAAUGUAAUAUGGAAAUACAUAACUGAUUUAACCAAUCCCAAUAAAUUUAUGCAUUGCAUUGAAAUUUGGAUUCAAUUUACUGCUAUUCAUUUUUCUGUAAAUGAACUAAAUGUGUUUUUUGGGAAAAUAAUCGACCGGCUUAAUCCAAAUAAAAGCUUUGAAAAUCACUAUUUAAAGCUACAGAGUAUUAUAGAAAAAGUAGUAUCUCAUACACAAGAUUUUGAAUCGCUACUUGCAAUGGAUAAUUUCUUGCCUCUAAUAGAUUUAUUUCACAAGGAAAGUGUCAAAGUUGACGUAUGUAAAACUGUUAUAGAAGGUUUAAGCAUUCAAACUGGUCCUAUCACUGAUCCUAUUAUUAUAAAUGCUCUUAUGUUUAUUGCCAGAAUAAUGCACGACUCCGUUAGUGCUCUAACUGUUGAAGAUGAGAAACGACAAAUUGGUCAACUUAUAUGUGGUUUAGUACAACGUGUUGAUUAUGGUCGUGAUUUUGAGAAACAACUUAAUUUUUAUGCUGAAGCUAGAGCAGCUUUCCCCAAUCUCGAUAGCGUUCAUAUACAACUCGUACAGUGUGUAAAUAGAUUAUCUGUUGAUACACGGAAGAUUGUUCGUGGACAUCAUACAAGAAGAACAUCAGCAUUUGUACGUGCUUGUGCUGCAUUUUGUUUCAUUACCAUUCCAUUUCUAACUUUAGUUCAUACACGACUCCAGUUGUAUCUCCUAUCAGGCCAAGUUGCACUUUUGAAUCAAUGUUUAGGGCAAGCUGAUGCAUGUUUCAAAGCUGCAUUGAGCUUGGUUCCAGAAAUGCCCAAAACAAUAGAUAUAGAUGGAAAACAGAAAAGCUCGCAACCAUAUUUACUUUCAUAUUUAUCAAAUUUUUUAUCAACAUUAUUGGUUGUUCCGGAUAGUCCAGAACACGGUGUACUGUAUCUAAUGAGAGGUUUACUUAACGCCGUUCAACGAUGCUUCGAGGAAAAUACAUCAACAAAGACUUAUCUUUAUUUACGUGUACUUGAUUUAUUGUCUACAGUAACUCAAGAAAAUUAUCCUUAUCAUGUUGACAAGGUUGAUUCGAACGAUAAGUUGUAUGGAUCUGAUCAAAAAUUUAUAAGCGAAGUUAACAAAAUGUGUUCCAAAAUUGUAGAAGAGAUUUUAUCACAUUUGAAAUAUCUUGGUUCCACUAAUCAAAUCGAGAAGCAAGUUGCUCUUGCAAUUGAAUUAUUUAAUUGUUUUGUCAUCAGAGCAGAUCUCCGUGAUCCAUCAUUAGCACAAAUGGCUGUGAAUUUAUGGAAUUUAUCUCAACGACAUGAUUACAUAGAUUCAAAAGUAAAGAUGAAAAUGACAGCUUAUAUGAUGCAAAAAAGUCACGAUGUAGAGUAUGAACAUUUUGCGGAUAUUUUGAAAAAAAUGUUAAAAUAAAUAUAGAAUUAAAGCAUAAGAAAUACUUGACCG